AAUUUCGUAAAAAACAUUAACUUCCCACAAACACUUCAACAUGAAGGUGGCUAUUGUUGUUCUGGCUUCGUUGGCUGUAUGCCUGGGGGCGCCCCAGCCGAGGCACGCCUUCCAUGAGCACUUUGAGGACUUCAUGGUCCUCAUCAGGGAGGAGGCUGGUCACGACCUGGAUCACAUCAUGGGCCACUACUUGGAGUUCGAAGACUUCAUCAGAGGUAUCGAGUACAUGAGGUCUGAGGGCUUCAGGAACCUGCUCGCCGAGCUGGAGUCGCUUCCGGAGUUCCAGGCUUUGGUGGACUUCUUGGAGAAGGACAACAUUGACAUCACCUACUUCAUCGACCAGGUCCACACCAUGCUCGACAACAUCGAGACCACCUCCAACAAGGCCCGUCACCAGAUGAGCGGCACCGACAUCUCCGCCUUCAUGAUCGACUCCAUCGGAGAGUUCCCCAAGGACAAGCUAGCUGCCCUCUACGAGAAGAAGAUUGCCGAGAGCGAAGAGUUCAGGACCUCCAUGGAGAACCUCAACAGUGAGGAGUUCGAGCAGAUUGUCGAUGCCCUCCUGGACAAUGAGACCUUCAAGAAGGAGGCCGCAACCCUGGCCACAUACGGGUUCUCCGUUGAAGUGUUUGUGCGAGAAAUCAAAGCCGUUUUCGGCCAGUAAUUAAUGUUUUCCUUUAUUUGAAUAAAUUUAUUUGAGGAAAGCAGUUAUA